UCGAGCUCGCAUGAGUGGAGGUGGAGGAGACUAAACAAACACCAAAUAUAUAUAACAAAGGAAAGGAGCCUUCCCCGACAUCGAUAUCUCAUCCUGUUUUGCAAUCAAAUGGAUUCAACCACAAAUGAAGGUGCCUCUUCUUUCCGCCAUUCACAGACAUAUGAUGUCUUUCUUAGUUUUAGAGGUGAAGAUACACGCAACAAUUUCACAGGCCAUUUGUACAGCAAUUUGGUUCAAAAGGGUAUUAAAACCUUUAUAGAUGAUGAUCUAAGUAGAGGAGAAGAAAUAUCACCAGCACUUCUCAAAGCAAUUGAAGAGUCAAUGGUUUCUAUUAUUGUCUUCUCUGAAAACUACGCAUACUCCAAGUGGUGCUUGGAUGAACUCGUUAAGAUUCUUGAGUGUAAAGAAUUGAAGAACCAAAUGGUUUUCCCAGUUUUCUACAAGGUGGAUCCCUCAUAUGUGAGAAACCAAAGAGGAAGUUUUGGUCAGGCACUUGCAGGCCAUGAAUCCAAACUCAGAGACAACAUGGAGAAGGUCUUGAGGUGGAGGACGACUCUUACACGAGCAGCAAAUUUGUCUGGGUGGUCUUUCUUGGACGGUACUUGAGCCCAACUUCUUUGUUUGCUGAGACUUCUCGUAAGAAGUGAUGCUUGAUGGCGAUAUGUUUUGUCCUGCUGUGGAAUACUGGAUUUUUUGCCAUUGCUAUAGUAGACUUGUUGUCGCAAAGUAUUUCAGUAGCUUCUGUUUGAUAUUAUCCUAUAUCUUUAAAUAUUCUUAUGAGCCAAAUAGCUUGGAAUGUUGAACUUGCUGCUGCUACUACUCGGCUUCUGCUUAUGAUUGAGCCACAUUCUCUUGUUUCUUUGAUGACCAUGAAAAUAUUCCUGAUCUAAUUGUAAAUGCAUAGCCUGAUGUGCUUUUCAUGUCAUCCACUGAUCCAGCCCAAUCACUGUCUGUGUAGCCAAAUAGUCUUGGAUCUAUAGUAGGCUUAUACCAUAUGCCAUAGUCAAUUGUACCUUGCA